GUUGUUCGGGGGCGUCCAUUAAACAGACCUAAGAAAGUUUUAUUUGCCAAAUGUAACGUCUGGGUGGAAGGGUUCGUUUUAGGAAGAACGGAGUGGUACGAAGUAGCAGGUGAUUAUAACACGAGUGUGCAGACGGAUGAGUCCGAAUGGCGGCAAUGACGUAGCGAGCAGCUUCUGCUCACGUCCGGCAUCCGGACACGGACCCGGGAGUCUGCGUGACUGCGGGAAUGAAAACACAAAACGCAUAACAAAGAAAUUCUUAUGAGAUGUAGCAGCUGUUCGAGUGCGCGUUAAUAGUGAGUAAAGACCCGAUGGCAUCUGUUUGUUUGUUUGUUUGUUUUCUUUAAUGAGGGGUUUUGAUACCGAGAGGAACGCGAUACUGGCUUGUAGGAGGACGGAUUGUGAUCUUCUCCAGACAGGGAGGAGCAGCUGUACUGCCACCGCGGCCUGCUGAAAGCUGCUGAAUGGCACACAGUAGGAUGCAGAAGGAUGCUGGAGCGCGCGAGACGAAGAGAUCCAGCGCGAGCGUUGCGGUGAUGGGGAUACAGCAAACACUUACAGAACUCUGUUAAGAAAAAAAACACAUAGACACGGAGAGAGAGAGAGAGAGAGAGAGAGAGAGAGUAGGAUGUGUUGUCGCAUAUGCAGGGUUAAAUAUUACACCUUUAUGAACAGCUCAUAUUAGGCGACCUGAUACAGUUUCCCCAGCCGUGAAGCCGCCUCCAGAAAUCCCCAAAGUCAUUUGGACAUUCGCCGAUUUUCGAUGAAAGUACUGUGAACUAAAAUGCCGUCACCGUCCGACUCGAGCAGCGCGGCAUCGCUUUCUGGCUCGCGCGCCUUUUCGGGGAGCCGCAGAGGCACUUCCGGCAGGGCGAGGGCGAGUGCGCGCGUGCUGCUCUACCUGGGCCUGUGUCACCUCGCGCUCGGCGCCAUGGUGCUCGCGUUCAGCUUCACGAGCCUGGCGUUCAGCGCCUCUGCCCGGGUGCGACAGUCCUGUCCUUUCUGGGCUGGUUUCUUCGUCGUGGCUUCUGGAAUAGUAGGAGUGAUAUCUUGGAGGAGACCCUUCACACUAGUGGUAUCACUGUUCAUGCUGCUGUCUGCCGUGUGUGUGAUUCUCAGCCUGGCUGGCUCCAUGCUGUCCUGUCAGAAUGCACAGAUGGUCAAAUCGUACCUCACCUGCCGGGUGGAGCAUGGUCUGUGUGUAUGCUGUGACCCGAAACAGACAUGCUCUUUGAUAGAAGAUGAGACUUUAGUGCUCUACCUGCAUGCCGACUGCCAUUCGGUACGGCACCAGCUCAAGGACCUGCUGUUUAGUGCCUGUGGACUUAGCAUCCUUUCUACCAUCAUAUGCACUUUGUCAACAGUCACUUGUAGCAUCCAUAUUUUUUCUCUGGACUUGCUUCAUCUGUUGGCACCUCACCGAACACGUUCAGUUAACCCAGAAUGCACCACUCCUCAGGAUGCCUUUCUCACUAAUAUGAUGGAUUUUGAAGAAUUUGUCCCACCCAUCCCUCCACCUCCUUACUACCCUCCCGAAUACACCUGUAGUUCUGAAACUGAUGCUCAGAGUAUCACGUAUAACGGCUCAAUGGAGAGUCCCGUGCCGCUCUACCCUACAGACUGUCCUCCUCCGUAUGAAGCAGUGAUGGGGCAAAGGGACCCCAGCCAGCCGACUCACGCUGGUGAGGCUUCUGCUGAGAGAGGAACCUCUGUGGGUUUCAGUGGUGAAGUGUCAGGUGACAGUGGCUCCCUGCUGAUGUCUGAGAUUGUAGAUAUUCCAGAUGACAGUUCUCCAUCAGAGGACUCGUGUGUACUGGAGGUGGCGUUUGCAGUGCGGACUAGGGCACGAGGCGUCAGUGAGGGAGGGGAAGGUGUUGACUACAGCAUCCCACAAACACCCACUGCUCGCUGCUGCUUCAGAGGCGAGCGAUCCAACUCUUGCUCCUCUCCCAGCACUUACACAACCUCCACGUUUAAGUCUCCUGUAAUGCGACGUCAGGCCCUGCUUGCUUAUAGUUGUUCUCACAUAGAGAUGCUAGGUGGUGCUGCAUCCAUACGCUCCUCAGUCCCAGAAAUCCUGGUGUGUCCAUGUACAUCAUCCAGACGAGGAUCUUCUUCUGAAGCAACCAAUCCACGAGCUUUGCCCUUCUCAGGUGUUAAUCACCAGUGCAGCAUGGCUCCCGGUCUCCACCCAAUCCCUUAUGCCCAUCGGCGAUGUGGCCGGGACAGUAGAGACAGUGAAGCCCUCCUUCCCUUGGUGAGGUCACACAGUGAACCAGGACUAAGCUCCUCCACCGAUACAGGUGAUUUUCCUGGCUCAGUAGGCAGCAAAGGAAUCGGUGACGGUGGCUCUCGUACCUCAUCAGACACAGGCCGGUCCUCAGCAUGUCUGCUGCUGCAGCGAUCUCCUCUGGUGUCCACUGGUAUGCUGCCAAGAAAAGGAAGCCUGAAAGCUACAGCAGAGCAGAUCCCCUCUAAACAGCCUCUGGCUAGUUCUCUGCGCAUCCACAAAGGCUGCACUCGCUCUUUGGGAGACCUCAAGGUGACAAGAGUUCUAGUGCAGCGCUUGCUACAGAGGUCCAAACGAAAUCUAGCACCUGCCUCUGAGCAUGCUGGGAAUUGCGGUCAGAGACCCAAAAGGAGAGUUGGAGGGGAGGGAAACCUCCCGUUCAAUCAGGUUUUGCGUGCCUCUUGGGGUGCCAGCAGGGGGCAGCAAUACCAGCAGCGUUCCCAGCACCAUCACUGUGGUCACCACCAUUCUCACAGCGAAGGUUACCCCGUCAUCCGUCACAGCGAUCCUGAACCUGCGAGGACAGAGGGCAUCCACCUGCGCAGCUGCGGCGAUCUGAGCUCCGUGUCAGCCGUGUCAUUGCACCGGCUCCACCCACACACACAUACAUCAUCAGGAGCAUUGCAAUUGGACUCCACCCUCUGAGCAAAGGCGGGGCUUGUUUAAAGGAGAGGAGAGGUUGUUGGUAAUUGAGAAAAAUAAUCGUCUCACCUAACAGAAAGACUUAAGAAUGGGGGAAAUGUAUCAUAUGGGAUUACACAGGUAGAGUUAAGACGCAAAAGACAUUUUUGGCUUUUUUUAUUUAUUUAAUUCUGAAAAAUCAUUUUUGAAAACAUUGAAAUCUGUGAUAUCCUGUCACGAAAACUGAGCUACCCCAAGAAAACAUGGGAGAAAUCUUUUGAGGAAACCCACUGAAAUGUUCAUCGAUCCCUUUAUAUAAUAUGGACUACAGACCCAUGACUGCCAGUGCCUCAACACAACGUUGGUGUUCUGCCUUUCUCAGCCUCCUUCUCUUCCUUUCUGUCUGUCCAUCCUGUCAAACUUACCAUUCUCCCUCACUGUGACUCUAUGGAACUGUCAAAGGAGAGUGUGAGGAAGUGACAUAUCUCCCACAGUGCUUCCAGUCACUACACACAAAGAAAAAAAAAUCUGCACUGUUUUAAAGCAUACAUAUCUCUUCUUGGUUUUGGUAAAAGCACUGAACCCUGUCUAUGGGUUUUACACCCUGUUCUGGACCUUUGUGGAUCUAGCUGAAAGAUUAUGAAUCUCAAAGGGCCAUCACAAUAUAAUGAAGCAAUGUCUUACUUAUACGAGACAUUUUUUGGUUUGGUAUUUUAUUCAUCUCUUUUGAACCAUUGAUCUAGAUAAUGCCAUAAUGUAGAGCAUUGACAUGUACUUCUGUCAUUCAGUCCUUAGAAAAUACCAAACAGUGCAGCAUAAAGAAAACAAAACCACACACACUCGUACAUACAAUCCCUCAUCAAUCCCAAAAUAUAUAUCAUUCCAUUUAUGAGCAAAAGUCAAAUAAAAUGCACUGGCUUUUUGCGUAAGUGCAUGCCUUUUCAUUUACUUAGUAACACAGUGUAAUAGUAGGGUUGGUUCUUUGCAUCUUUUACUUUGUUUGAAUUGGAAUCUUGAUAUUUGAUACUUUGCUGCAUUUGCUCAUAUUUUUUAUUAUUUUAUUUAUUUAUUUAUUUUUGCAUGUAAGAUUUUUCCUUGUUUUAUGUUGACACAAAAAAAAUGUGUCAGCAUGAUUGAGGAAUGCUGCUGAAGUUAAUACAAGAUGAAGCUCUGGCAAUAAAUAACACUCAAUGCACUGCUUAGCUACAGAGUAAACUAGAAUAAGGAACAAAAGGGCAUUUAUUGUAAAAUAAAAUGUCUUUAAAAUGAUGAAA